CUGCCACUGCUGUUGCUGCCACUGCUGAUGCACCUCCAUCUGCCCCCCUCCCCCCACACACGCGCGCGUUUCCAUCUCGUACGUACGCACGCACGCGCGCGUUCCUGAAUGAAUGAAUUUAAGACGGAGAUUCGUUCGCCGUCCAUGAAGACGAGGCGACGAGAGGCUCGCCGUGGAGAAGACGCGGAGAGGUGCUGGUGGCUCAAAUGCAACGCCAAGGAGACAGCUACUGAACUCAAACUGCGAGUUGACAAAACUUGUUGCUGUGGCGACAUCACCAGACUUGGGCUCCGACCCGCCCCCCCGCCCCCCUUCCUGCUAUGACGGUCGCUGGCGGCAACGACGGGACGGCCGUGCACGGCAGCACGACGGCCAUCUACAGCCAGUCGCACGGCAACUACGCGCAGCGCGCUCAGCUCGGAGACGGCAACGAGCGCGUGGUCAUCAACGUGGCCGGCAUGAAGUUCGAGACGUGCGCGCGGACGCUCGCCCAGUUCCCCGACACGCUGCUGGGCGACCCCGCACGACGCGCCCAGCACUUCGACCCCCUGCGCAACGAGUACUUCUUCGACCGCAACCGGCCCAGCUUCGACGCCAUCCUCUACUACUACCAGUCGGGCGGGCGGCUGCGCAGGCCCGCCAACAUCCCCUUCGACCUGUUCUCCGAGGAGAUCCGCUUCUUCGAGCUGGGCGAGGAGACGAUCCAGCGCUUCCGCGAGGAUGAGGGCUACAUCCGCGAGGAGGAGAGGCCGCUGCCCGAGUCGGAGCUCAAGCGCCAGGUCUGGCUGCUCUUCGAGUACCCCGAGAGCUCGAGUGCGGCCCGCGUAGUUGCGAUCGUCUCCGUUGUCGUGAUCUUGGUCUCGAUUAUCAUCUUCUGUCUGGAAACGUUGCCACAGUUUCGGCAGGACGGUGACGAUGAGUUAGAGACCAACAGCACUAUGGAAAGUGUACCAAAGGCCAGCUUCGCAGCUGACCCAUUUUUCCUCGUAGAGACGGUAUGCAUCGUGUGGUUUUCCUUUGAGCUCUUAGCACGGUUUUUGGCCAGCCCGAGCAAACCCGCAUUCUUCCGCAACAUCAUGAACAGCAUCGACGUGGUGGCCAUCAUGCCGUACUUCAUCACGCUCGGAAUGGAGCUGGCCGAGCAGCAGGGCAACGGUCAGCAGACCAUGUCGCUCGCCAUCCUGCGCGUCAUCCGCCUGGUGCGCGUCUUCCGGAUCUUCAAGCUGUCGCGCCACUCCAAGGGCCUCCAGAUCCUGGGCCAGACGCUCAAGGCGAGCAUGCGCGAGCUGGGGCUGCUCAUCUUCUUCCUCUUCAUCGGCGUCAUCCUCUUCUCGAGCGCCGCCUACUUCGCCGAGGUGGACGAGCCCACGACGUACUUCACGAGCAUCCCGCACGCGUUCUGGUGGGCCGUGGUCACCAUGACGACGGUUGGCUACGGCGACACGGUCCCCGUGACGGUGGGCGGCAAGGUGGUGGGGUCGCUGUGCGCCAUCGCGGGCGUGCUCACCAUCGCGCUGCCCGUGCCCGUCAUCGUGUCCAACUUCAACUACUUCUACCACCGCGAGACCGACGUCGACGACUCGCACUCCAACGUAGCGCAGUCGCCGAAAAACUCCGCAGUUAAUUACCCCUCGAAUGAGUCGCUGAAGAAGAGCGCGCCAAGCACACCGGUGCACACGCCGGGCUCCGUGAGCUGCCACUCCGUGAGCAAAGGCGACAACACGCACACACACACGUACGUGGCCAACAGCUAUGAACAUAAGUGCCAGCCCACCGACGUGUGAACGACCAUGUUGUUAGCGCGAAUGUAAGGUUGCUGGUUUUGAGUUAAUUUGAUGCUGCAACUUGUCAGUCGUGUGUCAUUGUGUUCGACAGGACUCUUAACAUCGCCGUUGGUCCCUUAUUCAUUUCGAUGCCACAUUUACGCUGUCUGCAACAAGAUGGCCGCCUUUCCACAAUCGCUUUAACCGUGACGUUGAAAACAGGCCGCGGCCGUUAUUGUGCACAAGCUUGUGGAAGACGCUUCAUCUGCGAUCACAUGAUCCCAACGGAGGGAGCUGUGUAUACGAACAGACGCUCCUUGGGAACGUUUGUAAACACUCCAUUGUGUGCAAGUGCUCCAGCCCGCAGUAAUCAGUGCUUUUUUACUUGAGAUUUUGAAAGAUAAGUCAAGGCCUCAUUUGCGCUCUUAAUAACUCGACUACAAAAGCUAUUCCAUGAUGUUUAAAAACUUGAACGUUUUUAUUCUCAUCCCAUUACCAGCAAACUUUCAUGGUUUUCACAUGCUAGAUCCUGCUUCUUUGGUAGAAUCUCAACAGUGCUUCAUUUUUUUUAUUUUUAAAGUCUCCAUCGCCAUUAUUCGCAAUUGAAUUUACACUUGCCGAUGUAUGAGUAUCAUCGGUUACACUUUAUUGCAGUUUACAGAGGAGCUUUUACCACCCCGGUCCUCAUACUCCACCAUAGUUUGGCUUUACAAUCAUUUCCGUGCAGUACAUGUGACCAUAAACAACUUAAUUUGAGGAUUAAGAUGUUAACCACGAAAGAGUUUGAUCGUAGGGACUGCAACUUUCAAAGCCCUGGCGAAAUGCCAUCACGUAACAUCAUACACGCACUCAGAAUAUCUACAAAUCGCGAUUGUAAUGUUUCGGUUGGUUGUUUUGCUCAUGGCUCGUGGGUGUCUGUUGAUAUGUUUUCACUUCGUUAGAUUAACUCCAUGCAUUGACUGCAGCGGGGCAGUGUCUGGGUAACCUCACUUCUUUCGCAGCACGGGAGGACAGUGGUUAAAUGGCGCUCCCUCAACGGAGGGCGACCGCUGCCUGCGGUAGUGUGAAUGUUGCCCUUUACGUUUGUCACGGACUACGUGUUUCAACGUUUAGUCAGGAUCGAAGCACGCACGUGGUGCUCCUGACAAAAAGGGUAGUGGGGCUUGUCAUGAGUUUAUGGCUCUGCCACCUCUGGCCCGACAGAUGGCACACUGACAACGAUGUGACGAUGAUGAUGACCGUGUAGACACAAAAGGACACGUAUUUUCCCUCGCUGCUCUUCCACCUCGCCUGGAUUACUGACCCCUCCCCCCACCCUUAUCCCCCUCCCCCCCACCGCCUUUAAAAAAGGUCAACCAUAAAGGUCAUACAAGGGAGCAUGCACAUUGGUUCCAAAAUUACAAUAUCCAAACAUAGAGCUCGCACAUGACAACACUGUCCUAUACACACACACUGCAUGGACAGCCCUCUGUGAACCCGCUCCUGGAUCAUGGCCCCUCCUCACUGUGCAGGUCAACACGGUGGUCACUGCGGGUUGGUCACGAUGGUGAGCACGGUGUGUGGGAGCACAGAAGUCUAAACACGACAAUCGAUUUGUUUUCUUUCCUGUACAACCCUCUGCAGCACUGUGCACUGUAUUAAUGUAAUUCACUACUGGUCACACAAUUGAGCCGCAAUCCUGCACAACACAAAUUAUGGGGCCAAGAAACGUAAAAACAAGUACAGCCCCUAUGCCCUUGAAUGUCUUGCAGCUGAGUGCCAUUGGUUUGUGAUUCGACAGCUUGCUGAUGAUUCUCGGUGAAACGAGCAGCCCGACGUGGCUGCCAAGUUGAAACCCACGUAUUACGUGGAAGGUCAAAUUUCUUAAUUACCAUGCAUUAUUUCGAUACUUACAUUAACACUCACAUUCGUAUACAUUCACCGACUCGUCAAAAACAUUUCUCAUUAAUUUACACACUAAAUUUACAUUUUGGCAACCAUGCGCAGUACAUUUUUCAAGGUCUUAUUGACUGUCAGAGCAAAGUUCCGUUUGUGAGCACCUAUAAAAAAAUACAGUCACAGUGCACAAAGGAUAGCUGUGGCCAGAAUCAUGCACAUCUACCCACUGUUUCUGCCCAGGUCCUCAUUUAUAGCUGAGUUGAUCUAGGUGAUGCCCAGGCAAUGUCCAGUAACCGAUUGCCAAUAGCCAGGCCUGGGUAGCUGGAGUCGUGUGCAGUGUUUGAACCACUAGACGUCCACUCUUUGUUUGUAUGUAGGACACGCACAAGGACUCGUAUACACAGGGUACACAGAAACAUUCACGUAUACUACAGUAUGUAGAAUAUAUAUUGUGAACCGGUUCAUAAUAGCAAUCACAGUGUCAUCAGUUGAUUGGCCAAUUGGGUAGACUCAAUUAUCAGAAAUAGCCUUCCUCUUUGCUGACUGCACAGGUCCCAACAUUAAAUUAUCCGUUAUUUGGUCUGCGCCGAUCAUUAACUCUGGGAAUCCCUUUAGAGGCAUUACAUAUCUAAUGCCGGAACAUCAUACGACUAACCACACUUUAAAAAAAUGUACCUACAAAGGUGUUACUUGAGCAAGUAAAGAAACAUGCGCACAUUGAUAAAGUUUUGCGUGAAAAAUUUGUUUAGAUUUUUUUUUACAAAAAAGCACAAGUCAACCAUUAAAGUCGGGUGCCAAGGCUGCUGAAAAGUAACAUUCCUGCUUUCGCGUACGAAUGUAAAUAAUGGUGAAACUCUGAAUUCCACGCAGUUCUUGGGCCACAGCAGUGACCAGACACUUGGUUGAGAAUUUUAACAAUAUAAAAUCCCAAAAAUGUUUAGCACAAUUGACGAGCAACACUUGCUCACGAAAUUACACCGGGAUAAUAUUAUCUUACGUAAGUUUCCCUUGCCUUUAGUUUGUGCAUGUGCACGUCCCUGCCUCCUGUAAAGCGGAAGGGUAGUGAAUGCCCUAAGACUUGAUCAUUUAAAAUAAUUUGCCCAGUAGAUGCCCAUUGCAUGGUUCCCAGAUCCCGUUGGGUGGUGCAGUGGUAGAGUGCGUGGCUUGCCAUCUAAAAGGUUGUGGGUUCAAAUCCUCGUCAGGGAUUGAUAGAGUAAUCAUCCCUCUGGGGUGUUUACAAAAUGAAUACCAAUUUGUGGGGAAUCAACGGUGGUUGACCUGUGGAUACAUUUCGCCCCCCCAUCACAGGAAUGUGGAAUUUCCACCGCCACUGGCUCAGGACUACGAAUGGAGCACUAACCCUUGCUAAAUUGAGCAGGAAACCACCACAUGGGCCAAACAUCUCAACUGAAAUGUUAACCAGAAGACCCAUCCGUGUAUGUAGUUACUUUGCCUUUGCCCUUGAUUUAGAGUUCUUUGCCGUAAAUGUGGGCAACGUUGAUGAAUUCUACAGCACUUAACCAUGGUCAACGUUUGGCCAAGAUUCACAGAGGUACUGAUUUCCACCAGCAAGAGAGGUACGGCAUUAAUGAAGAAUGUGAAUGGGGUUUACCCUUUCUGGCAAUAAAAACAGGUGUUGAGAUGUUCACACACCAAGUAUAUACUUGAUUUGAAGCUUUCGUGACUGCAGGAAUCCAUACUCUACCUACGCGACUUUACCGAAAAAAACAGAGAGUACCAAAUAUAAACCUUUUGCAAGGAAUCACGUCUGAAUUAAUCACACGUACUUUUGGUGAACAUGCCAACAAAAAUGUGCUGAUGAUAUAUGCAUUGUCCUUGGUGAGGUUAGGCCAUAAAGAAGGCUAUCUCUGGUGUAGGCCAACCAGAUUUAAGGACAAUGCAUGUAUUUUCAGAGCAUGUUUGUUGGCAUGUUCACCACAAGUACGUGUGGUUAAUGCAGAUUAAUCCAACAAAACAGAAAACCUAUUAUGGAUGACAUUGGUCGCGAAAGCCUAACUGUUAAAUUUUCUGUUUGGUUUUCGAACAUCUUUACACCUGUUUUAUUGCCAGAAAGGGUAAAACCUAUUAUUAUUUGUCAUACUUUGAUACUGGCAAAACAGGCCCCAUAAUACGGCAUUUACGAUCACCAUCACGUGACGAGUAUGCAUAUGUUCAGCAGUGUUCGUUUGAGUAAUUGAUCGAGUCAUGGACACACACACUCUCUCUCUCUCUCUGUAUACCCUGCCAUGUGGGGUUUCCACCAAGACAGUUUCGUAACACACAUCCUGUUAAUUUGUUUUUGUCAACCAACAAAAUCCACCGCUGGAUGAAGGCCGUACAUCUCGUGGGAGUGACGUGACCAUACUACAUCGCACUGGGCAGUGCAGGAGGAUGUAGGCAGGGAGCAUAGAUGCUUGAGCAUAGAAGUACAGAACAACAAUGGUUGUCUUCUUGCCACCACAGAGCACAGCUCCACGUCCAUUUACUGUGUUCCGGUUGUAUUACCAUCGUAUAACGGUCAGGCUUAGGGCUUGAAGAUCAUGCUAACAUCGCUUGCAUGGAACACCCAUAUGCAGAUGCCUGCAUGAGGCAGUACCAGCAGCAAGUCGUUUGGCUGACUUUUGUGAAUAUAGUUUGAGUGGUUUUUUUUCUCCCUCGUACGUCCCGGGUUUUCUCCCGGCAAUUCAGUUUCCUCUCACAAAAGCAACGAACGGUCACACAAAGGGAAUUAGCUAAACAUUCCACGAAGGGCUCGCCUGGGCAGUGGUGUUGGGAUUCGAUUAUGCUUUCCGAGCAGAUAAAAAUGCAUGAAUAUUGUUCACACUCUUUGGUUCUAUUCGGUAAAGUCACGUAGGAAAAAAAUAAAACAACAAAAAUCACGACGUUUCGGCCACAACACAAGCGGCCUUCAUCAGGUGCACCUUGUUCACACCAACCCAAAUGUAAUGUUGAGUUUAAGCGAGUUUUACCUCUUGCUGGAAUAAUAUAAAUCUGUGAUACACAUUGGUUGAAAAGCUCUGUUGGGGCCAAAACGUCUCCAGGGCAAUACUUUACUUGGCAUAUUGAAAAUUUCGACAAAGACGACGAUGAUGACGACGACGACGAAGAUUAUGACGACGACGAUGAUGAUAUUAAGUUUCUAAACCGUUUACGCGUGAUGAGAGCAUGCUGCCUUUGCGGCACACCCAGUACCUAUAUUCUGUUGCUGACGCCAAAGUGUAACGUUAGUCUCAGAAUGUAUCGUCUCGUCCAAUUUAAUCGCUUUCAAAGCACUUAAUAUAGAUUAAGGCAGCAAAACAGAGCUUGCUUAGAAUGCAUGAGAAGCGUAGAUUUAUGUUCCUGGAUUACGCUAACCCAGAUCAUUUGCCAGGUGCGGUGGAAGCACUGAUGCACACCUGCAAUCCGGCGAUUUGGAGGUGGCAUUGGUGGAUCACUAAGAGUCGAGAGCCACGAUGGUGAUAAUGAUGAUAAUGAUGUGUUCAGUUUGUGAGUUGUUGCGUAUAAGAGGGCAGGAAGCAGCUGUGGGUGGUCGUGGUGGCUAUGCACGUGACCUGUGAUCCUGUAUUGUGCAGGCUGUGAGGGUUGGUGCAUCACUGCACCAUUGUUGUGCUUCUCCGUGCACGUGGGCGUCAAUGGUGCCAUGCCCUGGCAUGCCAGGAGAAGGCAGUAAAACAAGUGGAAUAAUCGUCAUCUAGUUCCGUCUGUACGGGGAUAGAGUGUUGCCCCCUCGCACACGUGGGUAUUCUCCGGGUGCUCCGGUUUCCCGCCACUUGUAUAAUAAAGGCAUAAUUAAUUAGCUGCAAACAAUUUAAAAUGUAAAUAUAUUUUAUAAGCAAAACCUUUACGAAAAAGUAUGGCUUUCCUGGAUAAAUAAUUAGAUCCUAAAUUACGGUGAAUUGACUUGUGAAAGGCUUGCGUGUGUGAUGUUUGUGUGGGGUUUUCUCUGGGCACUCCAGACACGCACAGAAAAACCCACUAGAAUCAGGAAUUCACAGAAUAAGCAGGCAGGGAUGGCCAUUAUCCGAAUUACAUGCCAUUUAAUACGCAAUUUCACUACAUUUGUAAUUGCUAUCUAAAUUGCCCACCUCAAAGUAAUUGGUGAUUUGUAUCUAAAUGACAUGCCACAAUGUAAAUUGCUAAUUCUACAUUACAAUACACUGCGAGAGCAAUUUUGUGUAUUUGAAUUUAAUAUGCCCACUUCUGCACGAAAGACAAUUCUGACUAAGCGAGUCAACCUUGGCUGUAUAAAUAAAAUAAAUAACCCUUAAUCUGCCUUGCGAAUUUCGCUUUCCAAUCCGGUACAUACAAAUGAGAUAGAGAGAGAGAACGAAACAAUACAUAUCAUGCAAUAGGUUGGCAAAAUCAUCUGGGUUGGCACAAUCACACGAGGAAGCAACGUUUUUUUUUCGUGUUAUGUUUAGUGAGUUGUCCUUCUCCCUCCAUCUCCGAUUGGCACGGUUGCCUACGUACGGUGGUGCGAAAGCAGUUCAACAAACGAACUUACAUUUAUUUCCAAUGGUUUACGUGGAAUUCAUUGUUGAUGGCUCUGCAGAAAGGGCCAUUAUCAAAGAAUGAAAGCCCGCUGAAUGUUCUUCUCUGGCAAAAAGGCCGUGUUUAAUUCGUGUUGGUCGGCGGGGUGGUGGGGUUAGGGUUAGAUUCAUGGAGGGGGGUGGGGGUGGUGGAGGGACUUUUAGGGAUCGCUGGCUCGGACGACCCCUGAGGCAGGGUACGCAGAGCGGAUCACCCACAUGUUGUCGCUCACGCCACCGAUUUGUAGAGAAACGGGGAGAAAAAAAAAUCGCUGCUACUUUUUAAAACACGAAAUGCACUGUAAUAAAGGGGAAAACACAUUGUUAUACUCUAUGCAUAACCUAUACGAUAAUAUGACGAUAUCACGUAGACGCGUCACAAACAACCAUAUUUAAGCUCGCGCACACGUGUUAAGUGUACUGCGUGACGUGACACAUUGCAUGUGACCGGGGGAGACAACGAAAAUAAGAGGAUAAUAAAUACGAGCUCCGUUCAAACGACA